CUCAUAUACAGUGGUGCACGCUGAAUGAGAACCUCAUUCCAGCCGUCUGGUGGUGCUAAUGAGCGCCGUCUGGGAGCAAUUAUUGACAUCCGCCGUCUCAGGACUUCAACAGCCAAUUCCACAAGAUCCAAUCUCUGAAUGCUCCAGUCAUGACUAUUCAGAACUCCGCAGGCGGGCUUCAGACCUUUUCGCCCUAGCUGAUGAGAAGCUACACACUUUCCCCUUCAAGGAUGUCAAACCUUGCUGGUUCAGACUUUAUACCGAUGCCAGCAUUGCUCUGGCAUUGGGCAUCAUUGACCGAAUUGUCGACUCCAAAUCAAGUGAUCCAGGUUUGGAGUAUAUCGACAAGAUCGUCUCGACUCUUGACAUGGCUCUGAUCAUGGCAGGUGGGCUAGGACGCGAAGAUCUAAUUGGCCGAAUGCUCGAAAACGUCAACUCUGCCCUUCAGCAAGAUGAACCCGAGGCUUCACACCCGGCGAAACGACCACGUCUUGGCCAAGAAAAGGAUUCUUCGAGGGCUUCAAGACAGGUCUUGCCAACGGACGAGAUCUCUGUUCCUGCACUUAGCCAUCAAAUUCCUCGGCGUAAAACGCCUUCUCUCACCCAGUUUGAAAAGUACAUGAACGAACAGCGACAACCUCUCAUCCUGGAAGGGACUAUGGAGCACUGGCCCGCUCUACAAAGGUGGAAGCUAAUUCCAUAUUGGCUUGACCAAACAAUUCAAGGACGACGGCUGGUGCCGAUUGAGAUAGGUCGCAGUUACACUGACGACGAUUGGGGCCAAAAGAUUGUCCCAUUCAAGAAAUUCCUCCACGAUUUCAUCCUCCCAAAGCUCGAAGACAGUGAUCAAUCCUCCCAGGAUCGUCAGACUGGGUACCUUGCUCAGCACAAUCUACUACAACAGAUCCCUUCCCUGCGCAACGACAUUGUGAUUCCAGAUUACUGCUACCUGGAUGCACCAGGCCCAGAGCCUGGCACACCAGUUGCCCUGAGCAAAGCCAGACAAUCCGGCGAAAAAGACAAACAUGAUCACACAAGACCUGCCACUACCGAUGAUCCGACGACCAAUACUCCUGACGACGAAGAUCUGGGCUCUGAUGUCCAAAUGAAUAUAUGGUUUGGGCCCGCCUGGACCAUUUCUCCCUUGCAUCAUGAUCCAUACCAUAACAUCCUAUGUCAAGUUGUGGGUAAAAAGUACCUGCGUUUAUACGCUCCACAGCACAGUAAAUCUCUAUUUCCUAGACCUCAGGAUGAGCCCGCACCUCAUAUAUCCCAGAAAGAGUUCUCCAAUAAAUUCAACGGCAUGAACACCGCAGCUGAAACCAUCGACAUGUCCAACACAUCAGAGAUUGAUAUCGCUGCAAUGGAAACCUCACCCCACGAAGACUGGGACGAAGUGUACCCCGGUAUCAGCCAAGUACCAUACGUGGAGUGCAUUCUAGAGGCCGGGCAAGCACUUUACAUCCCUGUCGGCUGGUGGCAUUACGUUCGCAGUUGCUCGGUAGGCAUUAGCGUCAGCUUCUGGUGGUAAUCUCCCAACUGCAGUGGAAAAGUAUGACUCCCUAGAUACACAGCAACAUCGCAGCCUCGGAAGCUUGUCUG